GUACUUUGUGGCUUGUCGCAAUUAGGAAAGAUGGCUGAUGAUUCGUCGAGACGUGUUUUGACAAUUUCGGUCGUGUGAGAGCCCGAUGAUCGACGAGACGUCACGUUGGGGUGAGAAGCGUAAUUUCCGUGGCAUUUCUAGCGGUGGUGCUGUCAUUAUGUAAAAUCCGGCCGUGCGUUCUCUCUGCGUGUCUGCCGCUAAUCAUCCGCUUGUUCCAUGAAAAAUGCAACAGACCCACUGUAUUCUCUGACGUAACGUCCUCCAUGUGGCUAGGUGGAUAUAAAAUCUGUAAAAAGUUAUAGUUCUGUCAUGUCGAAUUAGAGAUUGCAGCAUGUGUUUUGCAUAGUUUCUACAAUCAUGGUGUAGUCGAGGGAUCAUUAAGGCGAUAAAAUGCCUGCCAUGCAAAUUAAUAAUGGGACAGCACUUUGCUAGUCUCAGAGACUUCUUUAGAAUGGAUGGUGAGAGGCAGCCUACUGAGAUAUGCGCUAACGCGCUUAGUCACUCAUUGCCAUUGGAAAUGGUGAAUCAAGAUAGCAAUGAAAGUUUGCUUGAAAAUGAAACUAAUGGCAAUGUACCUGUGACAAACCCUAAUAUACUGCCGAACAGACCAGAAUGUAAAUUAGAAGAAAAUUUGGACAACGAUCGUUUAAACUUAGAUGUAGACAACCAUAAUUCUAGAUUCGAAUCUUUGUACAGUCAACCUGUUGAAGCUCAGGAUACAAAGCAAGUUUGUAACAAUGGUAAUAUUACAAGCGAACCAUCAUUUAGACAGCAGCAAGAAGCAUGCUGCAGUAGUUCUGGUGGUAGCAACAGUAGUAGUAGUUCUGAAGAUAGUCCUGUAAAUCCACCUUUAAGAAGAUCUUCUAAAACUUUGUCAUUUGGAAAGAGAAAAAAUAAACAACGUAAUAAAGAUCAAAGCCCAAUAUGUAACCACGUUUUAUCAUCAAAAAAGAAACGUAGCAAUUGGGUAUUGAAAUUUAAUUGCGCCAAGAGCAAAAGCUCAAAAAACACUGAUAUUAUUCCCGGCCAAGGGAAUGGUAAUUCUGAUUGCAUUUGCACUGGUUAUAGAAGAACUGAGGAGCAUCCUAUGGGUGCGGGCAUCGUGUUUAAUAGUCGAUCUGCUCCGCAAAGUCCUAUUCUUGGGCCUUUGCCACCGAGUCCUGUAAUUGAUUUAUCACGGUUUAAUCCCGAAGAGUUUCCUAUGGAAGAUUGUGACGAACGUGCUCGAAUGCAACGCGCUCGAGAGAUGGAAGAAGGCGUCGAGCCUCCUCCUGGUUAUAGGCCUAAUUACCCUACAGGAAUACAAGUUCAUCCUAAUGGAAUAACAGUGGACAGUUUGGCGGCAUUGUUUCAAGCACAUGCCGGUAUUCAAGUUGCCGCUCUUACAGCCUUAUCCCAAAUCGAUUUUACGUUAAUUCCAAAUAUCGAGAGGCCUGCGCACACACAGGUAGAUUAUGUCCAUUGUCUCGUACCGGACUUAAGAUCGAUUACAGCCUGCUCUUUCUAUUGGGGUAAAAUGGAUCGUUACGAAGCAGAACGUUUAUUAGAGGGUAAACAAGAAGGUACUUUCUUGCUGCGAGAUUCCGCGCAGGAGGAAUUCUUAUUUUCUGUAAGCUUUCGUAAAUAUGGACGUUCAUUACACGCACGGAUUGAACAAUGGAAUCAUAAAUUUAGUUUUGAUUCGCAUGAUCCAGGAGUUUACGCUUCCGAAACAGUAUGCGGUUUAAUUGAACAUUACAAGGAUCCUUCGUGUUGUAUGUUUUUUGAACCCAUGCUCACUAUCCCGUUGCACCGAAAUUUCGCAUUUCCAUUGCAGCACCUAUGCAGAGCAGUAAUAACCACGCGAACAACGUACGAUGGCAUAAACAAGUUGCAAUUGCCAAAGACACUUAAGAGUUAUCUCAAAGAGUAUCACUAUAAACAGAGAGUGCGAGUCAGGCGAUUAGAUACGGAAAAUGAUUCACACUUGGACUGUAGAUCCAUAUCAUGUUUACCGAUAUGAAUCUCUUCGUAUUAAUAUUCGACAGAAUUUUAUUAUAUGUUGCAUAAUUAUGUUUCUUUAUUCAUAUUUACAAUUGUAGCCGCUGUAUCAAAUGCGAGCGGUACGUGCAUACAAUAUUGUAAUACCAGGAAUAUCAUGACUCCGAAACUACACAGAAUAUCAUUGCAAUAUUAGCAAUAAAAGCAUUAUAUUCGUCUUAAGCGAUAAUAGAUACUGAAAGAGAUGGCGUAGUCAUUAAAAAAGUGAAAAGAAAAGACUUGUGCGCGAUUUCAGCUGCGACAAGUGCCAAAUGUUUAUUUGGCGAAGACUAGUAAUCCUAUGUGUAAAUACGCCAGGACGGCAAUGUUUCGUACACUCGCACAGUGUAUUUGCGAAAUCGUGUAUUAUGUAAACUUCAAUAUCAUUGCUAUUGUUAUUAUUACUAUUAUACUUAUUUCUUUAUUUUAUUCCUAACUCUACAUUAUAUUUUAAACAUUUUUAAUAUGUAUAAUUUAAUCUUAAUUAAAGUUACGGGAACAGUUUGUAUAGUAAUAAUUUUUAUAGAACGAUACCAAAACUUAUACCUGAAAGGCGCGAUAAUUUAGUCUUUUUAUUACAAAACUAUAUCAUUGGAUUUAAUCUUUGUACGUAGCUAAGUUAUAAAGAGAAAGAAAAAGAGAAGAAAAUCAUUGCAAAAUCUGGUUCGUAUUACUCCUAUUGUGCCUAUUUAUAAUGUUAAACAUUAUUAAAUAAAAGCUGUCUGUGUUGAUGUUUCUUAUUGUCAAAUGCAAAAAUCUAUAAUUUUGUGUAAAUUCUUUAAAUUUUGACAUUUGAUAUGGAGUUUAAUAUCAGAUGCAGAUGAAUUGAAUUUAGAGUAACAAUGCAAAUCAUUGAAUAUUGAAAAAUUUGCAAAAUAUAAUAUUAUAGAAAUUGUUAAAAAUAUUGGUUAAUGGUUAUUCGUAUAAUGAACUUCAUAUUAAAAAAUAAAAAUUUAAUAUUUAUUAUGUGUAUAUAUUUCAUUCGUGUCUCAAUUCCUAAUGUAGCAAUUAUAUUGCCUACAAUAUUUUUGCUUAAUAAAAAUAACUCAUUGCAUAGUUCGAAUAACGUUUUCUUGUGUGGAGAAAAUUCUAUUUCUUUGAAUUUUGAGCCAUCUUAUGAUUUUACAUAUAUUUAUUUAACUUAUCAUAAAAAUCAAUAUUUGAAAAAUGGAAGAUUAAUGUUUUCAUGCUUUUAUAUCAACGUAAUGAAAAA